AUGCUACCACCAUCUCUGAAUAUCCCGAAAUGGCUCGAAGAAAACUCUCAUCUCCUUCAACCGCCGGUAAAUAAUUACUGCGUCUACCACCCCUCCUCCCCCGCGACAGCCGGAUACACGGUCAUGAUCGUUGGGGGCCCAAAUGCCCGCACGGACUAUCACAUCAACUCGACCCCAGAAUUCUUCUAUCAGUAUCGAGGCUCCAUGCUUCUAAAGACAGCGGAUACAUCAGUCACUCCUCCUGUCUUCCAGGAUGUCCCCAUCCAUGAAGGAUCGAUCUUCCUGCUGCCCGCCAAUACCCCGCACUGCCCUGUCCGGUUCAAGGACACAGUCGGCGUGGUGAUGGAGCAGCCUCGGGCCAAAGACGCUGUCGAUACGAUGCUGUGGUUCUGCAAGAAGUGUGGGGACGUAGUCUGGGAGAAGCGGUUUGUUUGUACGGAUUUGGGGACACAGGUGAAGGAGGUGGUGGAGGAAUUUGCUGCCGAUCAGAAGAAACGGACUUGCAAGAAAUGCGGGACCAUUGCGGAAACGAGAUUUCAGGAAGGGGAGAUUGUACAGCCACCUAGAUUUUUAGAGUGA